GUAAAAGUGACAACGCUGCAAUGAUGAAAAGGAUGAAAAGCCAAAAUUCAGUAGAGACCAAAGUAUCGGCUCAUUUUCCAACUUUAUAUGAAGAUAAUAAGUAGAACCUGUCCAAGAUGACAAGCAAGCGAAAAGCGAUGCCUUCACAAAACCCCAAACUCAACUACAGACCAUCAACCACAGAAAGAAAUGAAGCCAAAGGUACAAAACCCACACUGCAAGUCACCUCAAUGAAGGAGAUCUUCACUUUGAUGAUUCUCUAUGUGUGCAAGAAGAUUCUCUUCUACAACACAACCUACAGAGUGAUGGUCUAUCUGGGCUGUCUAUUUCUGGUCUCACUAAUAGCAGAUGUUUCAACAUUACCUAGGAGCUAUCUUUCACGCUCUGACAAUGUCUUCAACCAAUAUUUUGUGAAGUUUGCAUGGGCAUGGAACCUGCUCCUUACAGUGCCAUAUGUGCUGAUGACCAGCUAUGUCUAUUGCUGUGGUGAGAAGGACAAGAUAAUCAAGAAUCAUCUGUUGAGGAUAGCAAUUGCAACUGGUUUCUGGUACUUCUUCACUGGAUUCUUCAAUUAUAUUGAGUCCAGUUAUGGAAAAUGCAAUGUGAAGAAUGUGGAAUUUAAUACAAAGGUGGCAUGCCUUAAAGCAGGCAAUUUCUGGAGUGGUUUUGAUAUUUCUGGCCAUUCAUUCAUUCUAAUCUAUGGCAGCUUGUUACUUUUAGAAGAAACUAGAAGUAUCAUCAACUGGGACAGCAUUAAGGACUACAUAAGACUGGAGGAGCAUUAUAGAGCCACUAGAGACACAGCUUUAAGCACAAAUCCAUUAAGAUCGCUCACAAAUGAAGAGUUUGCACUGGUGCAAACCAGUUAUGAUAAGUACACACCAUAUAUUCGAAUGUUAUUCAUAAGCAUGACUCUGCUGUCUAUGCUGUGGGACUUUAUGCUGUUAUGCACAAUGUUGUACUAUCAUGUAAUGGUGGAGAAGUUUUUGGGUGGCAGUUUGGCCAUUGCUGCAUGGUUUAUCACCUACAGAGUGUGGUACGUCGUGAGUAACACACCCAAACUACCCGGCGAUGGCAACUUUAGAUAUAUUACGGGAAGAGCGUUUGCGCAAACAAGUGCGUCGGUACCAAGCACAUCGAGGAGAAGAACCGGGAGUAUUGUAAACGGCAGAGAGCCGACUUUUAUGGGACGACCGCUAUACACGAACCGAAAUGUAAGCAAUGAUGGCAACGCGUCUGAUAUAAACGAAGAUGCACCUGCUAACAGCAGAUAAAAGCAAUUUUUAUGGCUCAAUUGUAUAGGAAGAUGCAUUGGUAUUGUCGUGUGAGUUGUAAACUUUAAACUUUCAAACAUCAACGAAAAUCGAUUUAUAUAAUCGACUCUAUAACUACCAGUAAAUAGAAGUGAUUUUAUUAUUAAACUUACAUGAUAACUGAUUAUUACUUCACAGCACGUUUUGGAUUCAUUGCAGAGAUGCACAAAGUUUAAACACUUCCGCCAUAUUGAAUUUGGUCUAAUUUUUGACAUCAAUCACUACUUGCUAGUAUCAAAACUAUUCAAACACAAAUAACUCAUUAAAAAUUACGUGCACUUCAAAUUAUUAAAGUUUCUGCUCAUACAAUCAAUGUUUUAUAAGAAAAUUACGCAAGUUAUCAUGACAAGAUAUUUAAAACCAAAUCUUAUGCAACUUCUUAUACACUUUAUAAUAUUAAUAUACAAGGUGUCCAAAGAAUGACAGAGGGUAACUAUUUUAAUGGUAUGGUGGCAAUGAUUUUCCUACUCUAAGUUCAAAGAAUGUAUGUAUUUUAAAAGAAGUGCCUUUUAAACCAAUUGUUUUGUUCAACUAUUGUACACAUCGUACAACCUGAGGGAUUGUUAAACUUACUUUUUUAUUUUUUAUUGUUUUUUGUUACUACAUUAAUACAGAUGAAUAAUAUAUCACAUUAUGACUA